CGUCGGCCGGGCUACUGUGCGCGUGCUCGUUCCGAGAGUCGGUUCCCUGGAGUCCCCGACUGGAAACAAACUUUCUGCAGGGCCAUGUCGCGAUCCUGUCAACUCCAGGAGCCAGACAGAAACAAUUUGAUAGAUGACGCAAAGGCCCGCUUGAAAAAGCUUGAUGUUGGUGCCAAAUAUUCUUACUUGUCAAGUCACAAGUACUCAGUCCUUGUACCGCUGGUGGCCAGAGAAGGAAAACUCCAUCUGCUCUUCACCAUCCGCUCUGAGAAGCUAAGAAGGGGACCUGGAGAAGUGUGCUUCCCUGGAGGGAAGAGGGAACGCACAGACGUGGAUGAUGUAGCCACCGCUCUCCGGGAAGCCCAGGAGGAAGUGGGGCUGCACCCCCAUCAGGUGGAGGUCGUCUGUCGCCUGGUGCCAUGUCUGUUUGAAAAAAAAAAGUUGGUCACUCCAGUGGUGGCUUUUAUAGACCCCAACUUUCAGGCCCAGCCGAAUCCUGAUGAAGUGAAAGAUGUGUUCCUUGUGCCUCUGGACUAUUUUCUGUAUCCACAUGUCUACUACCCUCAUCAUGUCACACAAGCUGGCCAUUCUUUUGUCAUGCACUGCUUCGAGUACACAUGUCCUGAAGGUGGCAUGACUUAUUUCAUCAGGGGACUAACUGCGCUAUUUGCUGUAGUGGUUGCCUUGAUUAUUCUGGAACAGAAACCUACCUUUGAGGUGGAAUAUAAUCUCAAUGACCUAAUAUCAUCUUGUGAAAAACAGCUGCUUCUUUGCCAUGCUACAAGCAAGUUAUGAUUUAUGAGGACAAAAUCCCAAACUCCAUCUAGGAGGAUUCUGUACAUGGUUAUUCACUUAACAACAACAGUUACUGCUAUCGGAAUUUGACAGGUGUGAGUAUUUUUCCUGCAAUUUGAAAGUAAAAACCUUGUUUUCCAGUUGCCUUCUAUCAUUUGAAAGAACAACAAAGGAAGAAAAAUAUACUGGUAGUGUUGUUUUAUUUCACCCACGAUAUGUUAAUAUUUUUCAUACAUGUUUAAGAAAAAAGUACCUGGCACAUA